CAAAAACACAUUCCGUUAAUGAUAAACACACGUGCGUAAGAAACACUUCCGUCUGUUUUGUUCUUGGUUAAAUCUCUGAUAAACACAUACAGAAUGACGUGAUGUUCAUACGCUCUCAGUGCAUAUCAAUCUAAAGAUCAAAAAUCAUCGUCACACACACAGACUCACGUCCUCUAUAUCUUUACCAUCAUUUCUACAUUGGAGUGUAUAGAGAUGCUCUGCAUUCAAAUGGACGUGUAAACAUAAACCUCGCGCCAAUCAUUCGGGUCACAUGACCUCCCUGCUGACCUCGGUUUGUCUCCGCCCCUUCUGUAAGCCCCUCCUCCUGUAGCUCACGCUAGCCCCACCUCCACCGGGUCAUCCGACACAUCUGAUAGCAGUCAGAAGACAUUUAUUCAUUUCGCAGAUGCUUUUAUCCAAAGCGACUUUCAGAGAGUUCAGGGAGCAGAAGCCGAUCGUAGACGCUCGGAAUGACUGCAUUAUGAAUCUGAUGACGUCAGCUGUGCUGUUUUCUGCUGUUCUGUGUGAAACUAGCCGGUCGCCCUCGUGUCCAAUUGGACGAAAACAUCCACAUGGCGCGUCAAUCCGCUUUCUGAUUGGUCGACAACGCACAUGCUCAAGUUCCUCAGUGUAUGAUUGGACACCGUGACUGUCGCUCGCGUGUUAAAGGGGGCAGGCGUUUACGUUUACGUUUUCUUUGUGAAAUUAACUAUGACGUUUAAAACGCUGACAUGUGCGAAUGGAUCGAGUGAUUGUUGUAAAUUGUUUGAUUACCGCACGAUCAGACGAGCGCAAUGCAGCGCGAAUUUCUGCGCGUGUUUAAGUUUUAAAUGUAGGUCAAAGCGCAGAAUGUGGGUCACGAGCCGCGCAUGCUCUAGUGGACGCUCGUGUACGCAUGCGCACACACGCCUGUUGCUAUAAAACGAUUAAAAGCGAAACAUUAUUUUUGACAUGACCAAAUUAAACUAGUAAGAGACGCUUAACGUUAUUAAGUUCACCUUGAGAUAUUAUUUGUUAGCAUUAUCAUUUAAUAAUCUAUCUGUUCGCUCGCUGGUCGAUUGUUCAAUUUUGUUUUUUAAAUUUUCCUUGGUUCUCACAGUAAACCCAAAUAUUAUAUGAAAAUAAUUUCCCUGUCAUUUUAUUUACAGACAUGAUGUGUGUCUUUGAAGAAGAAGCCGAUAUCUGAUGAUGACAAGGUCAUGACUAGAGUGUGAACUCCGUUCGAGCUGUGACCGCUAGAUGGAGCCCAAACACACGCAAAUUCAAGAGAGGAUCAACAUAAUUAAACAAACAUCUAGAUUGAUUUAAAACAUGAUCGCAUACAAUCACUCUGCAUCAUUUUUACGUCCUGUACUUAAUAAACUUCAGAUCCUGUGAGGUGGAUGCGGGGGCAGUUGCUUACGCAAAUAAUAAAGCGUCACCGAUGAUGGGCGUGUCUUUGCAUUGCGACUCCGCCCAUCGGCCACACUCAUGUUUGUUCACAUGAGUUGAUUUUCACUGACAGUUUGUGUAUCAGACACAGAUGAACGACAGAGAUCAGCUACACACUUUAUCAAACUGUGAUAUUCUGGUUUGUCAGACAGACGGAGCGAUGAAGAAAAUCAGCUCAAUGUUCUCAACACUACAGGAGAAACUUCACAGAGCCAAGGGCGUGUCAGACGCGAGCACACAUCAGACGGUGCAGGCGAGCGCAGCGCCCCCAUCAGCUCGUGACAGGACACACAUGGGUCAGCUGUUCUUCGAGUAUCUGCUGGUGGUCAGUCUGAAGAAGAGGAGAGAUGGAGACGGUUAUGAACCUCAGAUCACAUAUCAGUUCCCAAAGCGUGAGGUGAUGGGUCGUCUGCAGCGUGAGGAAGAGGAGCGAUGCAUGAAGGCCGUUCAUCUCUUCUGCUUUCCAGAGGGCAUCAACUGGGCUCCUCUCACACAGUACCGCAGCGAGACGUUCUCAUUUGUUCUGACUGAAGUUGACGGCAGCAGGAGAAACGGUUACUGCAGGAGAUUACUGCCCAGUGGAUCAGGUGCUCGAACUCUUGAGGCGUACUGCAUCAUCAGCCGGGUGGCCUGUUUCGGACUCUUCUCAAAGAUUUUUGACGAGGUGGAGAAGAGACGUCAGAAAUCGAAGGCCAUGAUUUAUCCCUUCAUGCAGAGUCUGCGUGAAUCUCCUCUGCCCGCGCCAGGAAACACCAUCACGAUCACCAGCUUCAUCCCCGAGUCUGGAACAGAGGUCAUCAGUUUAACUCGUCCGGCUGACUCCUGGCUGGAACACGUGGACUUCCACACGCUCUUCCGCUGUCUGACAGACGAAGAGGUGCUGCUGGUUUUCACCGCCGUCGUGAUGGAACGACGGAUCGUCUUCAUCUCAGAGGAGCUCAGCACUCUCUCUCAGGUUCUUCACGCCGUAGCCGCUCUCUUGUAUCCAUUCGUCUGGCAGCACACGUUCAUCUCCAUCGUUCCUAAAGUUCUGAUCGACGUGUGUUCGGCACCGACGCCGUAUCUGCUGGGCGUUCAGAAGAACAUGCUGGAGCUCAUCACGGAUCGCAGUGAUCUGCUGAUCGUUGAUCUGUCGAAUGGAGCCAAAACAAAAUUCAUCACAAAAUUAGGAGAUGAGGAGUCUAUCUUGCCAGUUAAACUCAAGGAGGAAGUGUUGCUCGCUCUGUCAGCACGCAAACACAAUGCCUGCACAGAUGAACUCAACAGGCUGGUGUCAGAGGCGUUUCUCCUGGUCUUCAUCAGAAGCGUGGGUCAUUUCUCACAACACUUCAAACGCUGCGGCAGCGGCCGGCAGUUCCAGAAGAAAUCUUUCCUGAAAGCCGUCGAACACAAAUCUCAUCUCAACUUUGUCACACAAUUCAUCCAGACGCAGAUGUUUGAUCUGUUCAUACAGGAGGAGGAGACGCAGACAAACCCCAAUGGAUUCUUUCAUAGAGAAGUGUCGGAGUAUCACGACAGGAGGAAGAGAGAGAAGACAAAGACAUUUGUGCGAGGGGUCGUCAUCUAAACGUGUGGGUUUUUUUUCUUAUGUUAAACAAAUGUUCCCGGAUGUGAAAGUCUUGUGUUUAAUGUUUAUGUAGACACCGUUUAUUUGAUCAACACAUUUAUCUGUCACAGCUCAGACUGUCUGUGAACAUUUAAUGCCGUUUCUUUUGUAUUGUAACGUUUGUGUUCAUGUAAUAAAAUAUAAAGUCAU